UGAAAUUUACUAGAUCAUGAUAGUAAGAUCAUAGUAAAUCAAUGAGUAUAGUAUAUUUUUCGUAAUCAACAUUAAUAAUACAAAUAAAGUUUAAUAAAUUUCCUCAUUCCCAAAAAUUAGAAACUUUCACUUUAUCCAGCUUGAAAAAAAGGAAAAAGCAAAUUCGACUCCCACCCCAGCCCAGUGUCUCCACUCAGCUCACCCCGCCGCCGCCCCUCCGCUCUCCACCAUCGCCCAAUAUGCGCCUCAUCCUCCUCUCCCUCUUCCUCGCGCUCUCACUCUCGUCGGCGCUCCUCGUCAGCUCCCACUACUUCCCCUCCACCCCCUCCGCCGCCUCGCAUUCCGACUGGAAGCCCGCCCGCGCGACCUACUACGCCGCCAUGGACCCCAUCGACGCCGUCGGCGGCGCCUGCGGCUACGGUGACCUCGUGAAAGGUGGCUACGGCAAGGCCACCGCCGCCCUCAGCACCGUCCUCUUCGAGAAAGGCCAGAUCUGCGGCGCCUGCUUCGAAAUCCGCUGCGUCGAGGACCUCCGGUGGUGCAUCCCCGGCACCUCCAUCAUCGUCACCGCCACCAACUUCUGCGCCCCCAACUUCGGCUUCCCCGCCGACAGCGGCGGCAAGUGCAAUCCCCCGAACUCGCACUUCGUCCUCCCCAUCGAGGCCUUCGAGAAGAUCGCCAUCUGGAAGGCCUCCAACAUGCCGGUCCAGUACCGGCGGAUACGCUGCCGGAAAGAAGGCGGCGUGAGGUUCACAAUCGGCGGCGCCGGGAUAUUUAUGUCGGUGCUGAUUAGCAAUGUCGCCGGCGCCGGAGACCUCUCCGCCGUGAAAAUCAAGGGUUCGCGGACGGGGUGGCUGCCAAUGGGGCGGAAUUGGGGCCAGAAUUGGCAUUUGAAUGCGGAUUUGAAGAAUCAGCCGCUCUCAUUUGAGAUCACGAGCAGCGAUGGAGUCACUCUGCCAUCCUACAAUGUCGCCCCCAAGAAUUGGGAAUUUGGGCAAUCCUUUGAAGGUAAGCAGUUCGAUUCUUAGGGUUUUGGUUUGGGAAAUUGGAAUGCGAGGAAGCAGCUGUAUGAAAUUGAGUUCGAUUAUUAGAUAUAUUUGGAUUUUGAUAUGUUGUAUACUAGUAUAUGUUUUGCUCUUUUAUUAUUGCUCCUAUUUUUUGUCCACACUGUUUUGGGUUCUAUCAGAAAGGGGAAGAAUUCAUCAAAA